AUGGCUAAAAUAAUGACUGUCAAUGAUAUUGAGAAUAAUUUUAUUGAUUCAAGUGAUGAAGUUGAUAAUGAUAUUCCAGACAUCAACAAUGAAGAUGUUGAAGAUGAUGACAGCCAGAAAGACAGUGAUGAUGAGUACCUUAAUGAUGGAACAUCAAUAGCUAAUGAAGACAUUGAGAAUGAACUCUUUUUUGACUUAUUUAAUACAGGUAAAUUCAUUAUAAGAAUCUAG